CCACGCCCAUUUCAAAGCUGCUUAAACUUGAAGGAGCUGGGAAGAGUGGUGUGGAGGAAUUCGGUUUGCAAAGCACUGAUGAGCCAGCGAGUUCCUGGGGGCCCUGGGCUUACUGUUUGUUAUCUUUGAAUCUCCACUUUUUAAAUCUAUAAAAGGAGAACAACUCUCUGAAAGAGCUGUUAGGAAGAUUAAAUAAAGCAAAACCUGUUUUCCAGAACCAGGUAAAUGUAAGCUCUCUCUAAAUUAUCCCUGUUAUCAACCAGCUGUGCCUUGGAAAGAGGGUGUUGGGAAGCAGCGGCAGGAUUGUGGGGGCAUUGCUUUCCUUUUUCUUUGCGCCUCGGAUUUCUGGUCAUAGGAAACCACAGCAUUUCCCACUCCUGCCGCUGACAUCUGCGGGAGGAAGAACUGGAUGAGGCCUUGCGGGGCUGCAGCUUGAGUUUCAGGUGUCCUCCUCGGUUUAGCAUGAACCGGUUCCCCUCCCACUCGCAGCCACUCCAGGGAGCAGCCGAGCUUAGGAGGAGCCCCCUCUGGGCGGUGGCAAUGAGUCCUUGACAUCCCUUGUGCAGCUAAGAGGACCACGCAGCUACUCUCGGCCAGGGGAGGGCGGAGGGCUCUGUUUGGAGGAGGUCACCCUGGAGACAGGGCGCGGAGACCAGGGGGCUGCAAGGGAGGUGGGAGAGCAGGGAGCCUCGCGCUGCGCUGGUGCCUGCAGUGGAGGAGCAGAAGGUGUGGGAGACCCCGGCCGGCCGCGGCACCCUUGCAGCUGUUGCCCCACGUAGGUUACGGUGAUGUCAGACAUUGCUAAAGACAGAACGGGUCAUUCAUUGAAGAACAUGGGGAGUGCGUCUUCUCUAAGCAGGAAGGAACUUCAUGGGUGCAUCAAAGGCUCUCUGAGUGCUGUGUCUUACGUGGACGAACCUAGCCAGCGUGAUGUUGCCUCUCGCCUUACAGUUCAGAUGGAAAACACCUAUCAGCUCGGGCCUAGCAAACAUUUUCCUGUGGCUAUUGUCAAUCAUAUUCUGAAAGAUGUGUUAACUAACUCUCUGCAAGAAGAACAAUAUGAACCAGAGCUCUGCAGACAGAUGACUAAAACGAUUUCUGAGGUCAUUAAAGCGCAGGUCAAGGCCUUGCUGGUCCCACGCUAUAAGCUGAUAGUGAUGGUUUACAUCGGGCAACUGAGCGGCCAGAGCAUCCUCGUUGGGAGCAGGUGCCUCUGGAACCCUAAAAGUGAUAACUUCGCAUCUUAUGUUUUUAGAAACUCUUCACUCUUUGCUCUUGCAACUGUCUAUGCAGUUUACUUUGAGUGACUGAAAAUAAGAAACAUAGUAUUACUGUUUUAAAUCAAGAAAUAGGCUAUAUCUAAGUACACGAAAGUUUUACUGACUAAAAGUUUUAGAAAGAAAUGCUAAUAGUUCAAACAACUGGAAGAUUUUGGAUUUUUUAAAAUACUUUUGGGAAGUUUGGGGAAGGGAAGGGUGGCACAAGAAAGAAUUUUGUUUACCUCAAGAAGGAACUAAGUUUUUGUUCUAUUGGAUUUUUUCCAUAGACAUGGAUUCUUAUUAAAUAUUACUUUGGAGUAAUUAUUUAAUUACUCUUCAAUUAAAGAGUUAGAAUUUCCUGCGUUGUUUUUUAAUGAGAAUUUUUUUUUAAUGUGGCUGUAUACUUAGACCAAUAAAUGGCAGUAGAAUAUCCAACAUGGUAUACACAAAUGAUAAAAGUAUGUCUCAGUGCUGCAUAUAAAAGAAUACUGGCUUUCAUUUGCUACUUAAUAAAUUGAGCAGCAUUCAUUAGCUGCAAUUACUGUUACAUGUCAUGUACCUGACAGUUGAAACUGGUGAGGUAGAAUUAAUGAUUUCAUAACAAUUAUCAUAGUCCCACGGGGCUGCUAGCUAAAACUAGAAGCUCUUGUGGAUUGCCUGUACUUUACAAAAGUGUGGGAGAACUGAAUGUCGGCUCUUCAAUAAUGGAAACUAUAAAGCCUUUUAGGGCACUGAAGUAAUCGCUGUGAUAUUAAAUAUACAUGAUGCUUAAUAGUUAAGUGUAUUUGUAACACAUACAAUCAUGUAUUCAGAUGAGACACUGGUUUCGAAUAUACACUGCCUAAUGUGUCUUUGAAUGGGUUUUCCUAGGCUAACCAACUUUUACACAAAAUACAUACCUGGCUGCUUAACAAAUAAACGUGUGUUUAGUAUUUUGUUCUUACGAGUUUAUACUAAGUGACCCGGUGUGGUUUUGAAUGGAUAGCACUAAAAUUUACAGGGCUGAGACAGCUCGUUAUUCUGCUGGUUAAUGCAGCUAGUGCCACGGAUCAUUUACUUUUAUGGGGCGUUCAGCCCUUUCUGUGCACGUAAAACAAUUCUGUGGCAUUGUUUUUGGAUGGUAAGUGGACUGCCUAGAGGACAUUGUUAAAGGUCAAAGACAAAUGGUACGCAUAUGGAGAAAAUUAGCAACGCUAUAGUUCUAAGAAAAAAAUGAUAUGUAAGUCAUAUCAAAAUGAAUUUAACAAGUGGGAAAAUAGGCAGUGCUUUAUUGUUU